GCUGCAGCCUCAUUUCCUCACGCGCGCCGGAAGUGGCGGUUGUCGGCGCAGAGGCGUGCGGUGGGCUGUGAGGUGGCUGCACCCCUGUCUGCCGGGCGCCGCCGGAGUAUACCCGCGGCCGGGGGGAAGGCGGCUGGGCGGCGGUCGCCUUGCGAGGACUGAGGAGCGCGAAAAAUCACCACACAUAUAAUGGAAUUUUAUCUGAUUCUGUAGAUCAGAUUUCUUUAUUCUGGAUGUCAUGGUAACAAUACAGGAAGUAUGCACUAUUUUUCAUUUCUGCAAGCAGCCUUCACUGCUGACGGAAGAAAGUUUUUAAGCUAUAGCAGAGUUCAUUUUGGUACCUUUAAUGGAAAUCCUGAUUUUGUUUUUAAUUUGUGAUAACCUUUUUCUAAAGGAAUGAACAACCAAAGAACUUAUCUCAUUAGGCAAGUCCACAUGAAUAAGAAUGCCUAGAAGAGGAUUGAUUCUUCAGACCCGGACCCACUGGCUGCUGUUGGGUCUUGCUUUACUCUGCAGUUUGGUAUUAUUUUUAUACCUUCUGGAAUGCGCCCCCCAGACUGAUGGAAAUGCACCUCUUCCUGGUGUUAUUGGGGAAAACUAUGGUAAAGAGUAUUACCAGGCCCUCCUACAGGAGCAAGAAGAACAUUAUCAAACCAGGGCUACCAGUCUGAAACGCCAAAUUGCCCAACUAAAACAAGAAUUACAAGAAAUGAGUGAGAAGAUGAGAUCAUUGCAAGAGAGAAAGAAUGUAGGGGCUAAUGGCAUAGGCUAUCAAGGCAACAAAGAACAAACACCUAGUGAUCUUUUAGAGUUUCUUCAUUCCCAAAUUGACAAAGCUGAAGUUAGCAUAGGAGCCAAAUUACCUAGUGAGUAUGGAGUCAUUCCUUUUGAAAGUUUUACCUUAAUGAAAGUAUUCCAGUUGGAAAUGGGUCUCACUCGCCAUCCUGAGGAAAAGCCAGUUAGAAAAGACAAGCGAGAUGAAUUGGUAGAAGUUAUUGAAGCUGGCUUAGAGGUUAUUAAUAAUCCUGAUGAAGAUGAUGAACAGGAAGAGGAGGACAGUCCCCUUGGAGAGAAAAUGACAUUUAAUGAAAAUGACUUCAUAGAAGGUUAUUAUCGCACCGAGAGAGAUAAGGGCACACAGUAUGAACUCUUUUUUAAGAAAGCAGACCUUAUGGAAUAUAGACAUGUGACCCUCUUCCGCCCUUUUGGACCUCUCAUGAAAGUGAAGAGCGAGAUGAUUGACAUUACUAGAUCAAUUAUUAAUAUCAUUGUGCCACUUGCUGAAAGAACUGAAGCCUUUGCGCAGUUUAUGCAGAACUUCAGGGAUGUGUGUAUUCAUCAGGACAAGAGAAUUCAUCUCACAGUGGUGUAUUUUGGUAAAGAAGGACUAUCUAAAGUCAAGUCUAUCCUAGAAUCUGUCACAAGUGAGUCUAAUUUUCACAAUUAUACUUUGAUCCCAUUGAAUGAAGAAUUUAAUCGUGGACAAGGACUAAAUGUGGGUGCCCAAGCUUGGGACAAGGGAGAGGUCUUGAUGUUUUUCUGUGAUGUUGAUAUAUAUUUCUCAGCCGAAUUCCUUAACAGCUGCCGGUUAAAUGCUGAGCCAGGUUCACAAAAAGGAUUCUGGCUUUUGGCGAGAUUUUGGCUUUGGAAUGACUUGUCAGUAUCGAUCAGAUUUCCUGACCAUUGUUCAGAUUUCCACCCCACUCUGCCCACCGCCACCUUACCCCAGUACUGGUUCCCCUGGAGAUUUCUAUUGGAUGAAAUGACUUCUAAGCUCUGUUUGUGCUGGACCAGAAACUGGAAGUCUCCCAUUUAUGGUGGAUUCGACAUGGAAGUAAAAGGUUGGGGUGGAGAAGAUGUUCAUCUUUAUCGAAAAUACUUACAUGGUGACCUGAUUGUGAUUCGGACUCCGGUUCCUGGUCUUUUCCACCUCUGGCAUGAGAAACGCUGUGCUGAUGAAUUGACCCCCGAGCAGUACCGUAUGUGCAUCCAGUCCAAAGCCAUGAACGAGGCUUCUCACUCGCACCUGGGAAUGCUGGUCUUCAGGGAGGAGAUAGAGACCCAUCUUCACAAACAGGCAUACAGGACAAAUAGUGAAGCUGUUGGUUAAUGUCAUCAUUGGCACACUAGUCUGAACCACAAACCAGCACUAUUUUUUUAGCCUUAAUUCCAAUUCCAGAUGCAGUGCCUCUUUCAGAGAAGACAUGCUUAUUUUUUGUGUUCUUUCUGGCAUUACUUUACUUUAAGCAGUUUAACUUGAUAUGGGAAGAAAAAGCAAGUGUUUCAGUGCAAAGCCUGUUUUGUGAGAAUACCAUACUUUGGAAUCACUGACAAAUUGAAAUCUGGUGUUUGCCCCAAAAGUAGUUUUGAGGUCGUUUCUACCCUGCACCCAUGUUCUGAUGUGCCCGGGUUGCAUCUGGGUUGAGGGAUGGAAUGUGUUGUGCUCAGGGUGGGUCAGGAGCAUCCAGUCCUGCACAGAGGACAGAGUGUUAUGGAGGGAUUGUGUGGACAAGGGUUCUUCACCUGCUGACCACUGAGUCAACCUGCUUUUAUAUUAAGACCUUUAGUCAGUUGCUUGAAGAAACCUUUUCACUGAAGCAGAGGAUGACUAAAUGACACAUCUGAAAUUCAGAAUCAAUCAAAAGAAAUCAGAAAUAAAAACGCUUAAUGUUGCUUAGCUCCCUGAAUGUCUGGUAUUAAACAAAUGAGUAAUAGUGAAAAUACUUAGGUUAGAAUCUGUGACUCAUGAUUAAAACUAUAAUGUGUUAUCGUGUUCUGGAUUAGUAGUCAGAGUUGCUAUGGAUUGUUUUAAGUAAACAAACAUGGAAAUGUCUUUACUAGAACAUUUACUUAUGUUGGAGAACAGGUGAUAUCUGGGAACAUCCGUUUACAUGAGCCAGGUGCUACCGGGGCCUUCUUAUAGUGGUUCAGAAUAGAUGAACAUAGCAUGCUUUUGUGUGUUUUUUGCUUUGCAUUGUCUCAUUUAGCUUGAAUCCGUAUAUAUUUAUUAUCCUUUUUUUCCCUAAUAUGUUAAUAUAUGCUACAUCUGUAUUUGUAAUGUUAUGCUACUUUGAGUUGAGAGAGAGUUUCUUGAAGAAAAACAAUUUAAUGAGGUAUACCAUAGAUUACACUGAUUUGCAAAAAGAGGUGGAGGGGAAAGUAAUCUGAAUGGAAAUCUGAAUUACAGAAUAUUUUAGAGAAAUGUAUUGUUUGCAGAUAGAAUAUUGUUUUACUUGAGGUAUAAAUUAUGUUAAUGAGACAAGAUGCAUAAGAAGUUAUAUUCAGAUAGGACUGUACUAUGUUAUUUAUCACACAUGGACCUUUUACCAUACGGUCAAUUGCUAGAUCCAGAAAUUGGAGAUAAGGUGAAAGGCAUGCAUAGAUUUUGAUUUGGCUUUUAAAAGGGACCUAUAUUGUAUCCUUCCUAUUUGUAUAUAAACCCCUGAAAAUUCACAGAAGAAAAGUCAUUACUUUUUACUCAGUAAAUCGUAUCAUCUGAAAUAUAAAUUCCAAAUUUCUUGGUGCUACAUGAAUUCAUUUUACAGUAACUCUUAUGAAUUAUUCUUACAAGUUUUAAGUUGGGUAGCAUUUAGGCUUUUUUUUUAAGAUGUGUAAAAUGUUCUCUACAGAAUUAUUAGGCCAUUGUCUCCUUUAUAUACAGUUAUUUAUUAUGAAGACCAGUGAAUUUUGGUAUUUGAGAGAACCUAAUUAUUUGCGAAGGUAAGUUGCAUCUUGUUUUUUGACAGAAUCAAGUGAUUUUACCUUUUCUCCUUUUUUAAAAAAAAACUAGCCUUUAAUUUAAAAAUGGAAGCUAAGCAAUGGAAACAUACUGUGGCUUUGACAUUAAAUGGUACCAAUAAAGUAUUUUAUUAUCAAAAUUUAAAUGAAAA